GGCGUGGCAUGUGGUGCUCCUUCCCAUUUUGCUCACCUUUCUGCCUACGCGUGACUUCGUCCAUUGCCCGCCCCCUCUAAUUCUCUUUCACAACGCCCUCCUUCCUUCCUCUUUGGUAUUACGCCACGCACGUUGCAACUAUAAAACCCCUCCAUUCUCUCCAUCUCCAUCCUCCUUCUUCUCUUUCCGCAACCUCUCAUCAUCUUUUUUCUUUAGCAACCCCAACUCCCCUACAGCAGUGAACAACUGCAGCUCUUUGCCUUGGCCUUCCUGGCUGGGCCUUCAAGCACCGCCUCCGGCUUUCCCCAUUACCACAGCUGCACCUUUGCAGCGAACAGCUGCAUUCACGACUUCACUUCCUACGACGGCGCAGACAUCAUGGAGGCGCAUCUCAAGCCACAGUCCUAUCAGGCCGGAAGGGCCGGCGUCUACAUCUUCCGCAGAAGGCGCAGCCCUAUCCUCGCCCUCCCGCUGCCGAGACCCAGACCCGACCUGUCUGCUUUCAGUAACCCCAUCCACCUGGAAUACCCCGGCGUGACAAGCUUUGUGAAUGCAAGUGAGGCUGGCUUCUCUUCAGAAGGUUGGAGUGCUAAGCCUGGCAUUAUGAACACCAAGACCAAGCUGGAAAAGGGAGGACGUAUCCACUUCUUCCGGUUCUUUCAACUCUCCAAGGAGUCAAAGAGAGCCUGCGGCAAUUCUUACUAUGACGCUCAGAGCCCUCAGCAACAAGAGACAGACGAAAUCCUUGGCAAAUUGGAGACUAACUUACGGACCCAAAUCAUGGCAAUGCCUCUCAGAAAUACCCCAUUCAAGCGUUGGUCCUGGUUCGCCCAGUACAUAACCCAUUCCAUCACCUCUUUUGAUGGUAUGGCUUUCCUGUGCAACCUUCGUCAAGAACUCUUCAUCAUCGGAUCCACCAACGGAUGCCAAUGUGCCUCAUGGAAGCAGGCCUGUCAAGCCUUCAUGAGAUACAAGGCUGAGUGGCUUGAAUCGCUCGAUGAAGAGAUCCAGGCCAAGAAGCAGAGAGUAAGGACGCCACCUCCUGCUUUCGCCGAGUACAUCGGUAGGAGAUCACUACAGAGAGAACGUGAUCAUUGCAUUGCUUUGAGGGAUGACGUGAUGACAAUUGUUGUCCCAACCCAGGAAGAGAUUAAUGAGUUUGAUGGCAAUGAGCGGAUGCAGCCAUACUUUUCCGAACUCAGCGAUGAUGAGGAGGAAGAAUUCCUCGUCAGAUUGUUAGGUCCUGACGAAAGGGCGUCGUUCUGGAAACCUCUCACCCCGACCGUCCCCCUCAAGGCCAAUUGGAAACAUGAGCAAAUGAAGACCCUCAUGUGCAAGAUCUGGACGACCGCCUGCCGCUCCAGUUGGAUUAACUGCCUCGGACCCCGGGCCUACAACGAUAACCCCAAGGAGCAGGAUCCCCUUUCACGCGGCCCCCGCGUACCAGAGUCCAAGCAGACCGUUCAUACCGACGUCAUGGAGACCGCCGCCAACAUCGCGAAGCAAAUCGAUGGGUUCCCACCGUCCAUGGACCAGGUGCAGGUGACCAAGUUCGUCGGGGGCCCGCGCAAAAAGCGCUCUGCGCCCUUUGAUCCUAAUCAAGCGGACGAUGUGCCGGUUAUCAGGCGGCGCAUCGAAUAA